AUUUCGUCACAUACUAUAUUUCUUUGCACUGGCGAAAAACGGUUUCGUGUGGUUUAGGUUGGAUUCUCACAGCAUAAAACAUAUUUUUUUCUGCGACCGGCGCUGAUAUCAUCACGCAAGGGAUAUCACAAUAUGUUUAGUCACGUGCCGCAGGCUCACUAGGUCAUACACGAAGUGAAUUCAGCCGCGUGGUUGUCCCGGUUCGAAUGUCUCUAUGGCUUCCUCGCGAUUGUUUCGAUAGUGAUCCUCCCCCGCGCGCGAAGAUUGUUUCUGUCUACGUAACUCAGCGGUUAAAGCUUCUGCGAAAGAGGCUGUGAAGUUUUUCGAUUCCGGUGAAUGAAUUCGGGGAUCGUGUGUUUGCUGUUCUCUGCGGGUGUGUGAACAUUCGAGCGUUUUCUUCGGUUUACCUAUUGGCAGCGUUGCCCCCUUACUGGCUAGCUAACUCGUUCAAAACGAUCCGUCACCAUUCAGCGCUAGAAUGCCGAAAGAUGACGAACGGAGCAUUAUACCGGAUUUACCGCGAGGUCCCCUGUGCGAGUACCGAGGGCUGGCAAAGUUCAACUGGAAGGACUUUAAGCUGGUACUGGAGGACCCUACGCUGAUACGGAUAAAGUACAAUGUCUGGCGCAAACUGGAAUCGGAACCGUUGUUCACUCCGCUGUCCUCGACACUGUCCGCCGACCAGCAGAAGGAACGCGCGGCGAAACAGGUCAACCGCGUAGCGGAUUUGGAACUCGCUCCCGCGGACAUCUACUCGAUGGAUUACAAGUACAGGGUGCGCUAUCUGAUGAGCAUCAACGAGGCGUUGCAUGCGGUGUGUCCCAGCAUGUCGGUCAAGAUUGCCCUUGGGGUGGGACUGUUCACGAAUUCUCUGCUAGCGAUGGGUACAGAGAGGCAUUCGGCCAUCUAUAAUGCAGCCUGGAAUAGAGAGAUAAUCACCUGUCUAGCCAUUACGGAAGUCAGCCAUGGUAGUAAUACCAAGCGGUGUCGAACAACGGCCACAUAUGACCCCAAAACGCAAGAGUUUAUUAUCAAUACACCCGAUUUUGAGGCGGCCAAGGCUUGGGUUGGAAAUUUGGGUAAAACGGCCUCGAUAGCACUACUGUUUGCCAUUCUGUACACCAGUGAUGGACAGAACCAUGGCCUACAAGGUUUCCUGGUACCGAUCAGGGAUCCCAAGACACUGCUACCAUAUCCGGGGGUGAUUGUUGGUGAUAUUGGGGAGAAAAUCGGCCUCAACGGAAUAGAUAAUGGGUUCGUAAUGUUCAACAACUAUCGGAUACCGAGGGAGAACAUGUUGAAUCGGGCGGGAGACGUUACACCGGAGGGUGUCUACGAGAGCACCUUCAACGAACCGGGCAAGAUUCUGGGCGCUGUGUUGGAAUCCUUUUCCGCCGGUCGGUUAGGGAUUAUGCAAGAAUCGUCAAAUACACUUUCGCAUGCGGCAGUCAUUGCGGUGCGGUACGCGGCACUAAGGAAGCAGUUCGGACCCGAGAAGGAUGGACCCGAGCAGUCUAUUAUUGAGUAUCAGCUUCACCAAUGGAGAAUAUUUCCGUACUUAGCAGCGGCUUGUAUACUUAAGGUGUCGGUGUUUGCCCUCACCGAGAUCUAUCUGGAAACCGUUCAGAAAUCUCAAGCCGAAUCCAAUGGGUUUGAGCUUCUGACGCAGAUCGUCUCGGAGAUUCACGCGCUGGUGUCCUCGUCGAAGCCGUUGGUUACGUGGACGGCGCGGGAUGCUAUUCAGGAGUCGCGGGAAGCAUGCGGAGGCCAUGGUUACUUGAAGGCGGCCAACCUUGGGGAGCUGAGGAACAAUCAUGAUCCCAGUUGUACUUACGAGGGUGACAACAAUGUGCUCGGUCAGCAGGCAUCGAAUUGGCUACUACGGCAGUGGAACGGAUUCAAGGUGGAGAGUCCCGUGGGCUCGGCUAAUUUCAUCGAGCGAAGGGAGCUUAUAUUGAAGAAUACCUUUGACACGGUGGUGCGCGCGAACUGCCGGGUGGAGAGUUCAGAAUUUAUCACACAAUGCUACGAAUGGUUGAUGUGUUGGCUUCUGGAGUCAACUUCGGAGAAAAUUAAACACGACGAGGAACAGCUUGGCGUUGACCGGUUUAAGGCAAGGAACGAUUCACAGGUUUACCGCGCAAGAGAACUGAGUCGAGCGUAUGCAGAAUAUUACGCAAUGGAAAGUUUCAGAACUCGUUGCGAGCGUCAUGACGUCUCGGAGGACCUCAAGCCAGUAUUAUUGAAUGUGUACCUCCUGUACGGGAUGUGGUGCAUCGAUCGGCAUCUGGCCACUUUCUACGCGGGGGGUUUCGCCAGCGGUCCGCGUUUCGCAGAUUCUGUCCGAUGCACACUGCUGAAAGCGUGCGAACAGUUCAAGGACUCCGCGGUUUCCGUGGCGGACGCCCUCGCGCCACCAGACUGGGUCCUCAACUCCGUGCUUGCAAAGUCCGACGGACGACUAUAUGAGAACAUUCAGACCGUUUUCAUGACCAACCCUGGAGCAAUGGAACGGGCCUCCUGGUGGAAGGAUAUCAUCCCGACCAAGAUGAAGUCGAAGUUGUAAAAUGCGCGAAGCGAAGUCAGUCAGUCUUAAAACGAAACGGGUCACGAAGAGCAGGACGGAAUGUAUGUGUGUUAAGUGCAAUCAAUCAUUUUGUGUAGGUGUAAAUGUUGACUACAUAAAAACCCCUCCCUCCGGAAGUGAAUUCUAACUGUGAGUUUUCCAAACGUACCACCAAUUGUGACGAACACAAUGUAUCCUAUUUGUUGUGCGAGGGAAGAUCGAUACGAAUCUUUUUACGAUUCGCAUAUAUUAUGGAAUAUCAAGCAACAUGUGUCUUAUCUUUGAAAUCUAGAUAUUAUAUACGAGAGUAAGAUCCAAUCAUUGUACCAUCUCAUUAUACACCUUCUGAGUACUUUUAGAUGUUGAACGGCUUGUCUAUUUAUUCCUGUUAUAUUUACACACUAUCUCUUUGUUGGCUGUCAUCCCCUUUGCAUGAUGGGUGAUAUAAUCAAUAAUUGUAUAUCCGUGUUACCGUUUUUCCAUCUCCAGUUCGGAAAAAAACCCAAGUGGUCCCAAAAAUGCAGUUAUCUAUAUUUACAUUAUGUUGAAGUGAAUUGAAGAUGUUCGCUUUAAGCCUGUUUUCCAUAUUCUUUACUAUUAUAUUCUCUAUUAAGUGUUACAUGUUUCCGCGAGAGUGAUGUAGGCGUCCGGAAGAAGCCGACGGAAAUCGGUCAGUUGCCUUUGCUUCGAUUGUUUUGAGCGUAUUUGAAGAACGAGUAAACCAACGUCGAACCCUGCAUUUAUUGUGACGAAAUAAAGCAAAGUGGAGUAUGAA